UCUAUACAGCACGAAUUAUUUGCGUUGUUAAUAUCAUGCAUCAAUAGUCAAAAUGCAGUUUCAUGCGUAAAGGCACGAGUACGUGUUUUUAAAAGCAACAGAAUCCAAUCAAAGUUGGAAUUGUAAAAAGCUAAUUUAUUUGUUAUAUUUAUAAUAAUGGAUAUUAUGACAAAUUGUCAUUCAGUGUGUUAUGUUUAUCUUGAGUAUUGUAUUAUAAUAAUGUACGUUAGAGGCAAAUUAAAAGCUUUGGAAUCGUUGAUUAGCUGUAAAGCGCCGUUAAGAAAAGUAAAAUAAAUCCAUGACCUUAAAUUACGCAAAAUCACCUUUUGAUCAGUGGGAUUGUGUGAAUUUCUCUCGUGUGUGUUUGUGUGUGAAGUGUUAAUCCCACUCUGCAGUGCUGCGCCAUCAUGAAAUCCGUCUCUGUCCGCUGAUUGGCUGAGAGCUGGCCAGGCCUGAGUCACGUGGCGAGUUCUUUUGGUCCAGAGUAAAAAUGGGGUUUGGUGUAAAUCUAGUGUGUAUUGCUGUCAUAUAUCACGCUACCUCGUAAAAACGACACUGAGGAUUCUGGGCCAACAAAUCAGAGAGGAAAAAAAAUAUGAGUUCUUAUUAUGUGGAUGGUCUUCUUAGCGCGUAUACGGCGGCGGCUCUGUUUCCAAACGCGGAGCGGGCUUCUUGUCGUGCUGGAUCCAGUGGAGAGGACUAUGGCUCGGCUCGGAGUGCUGCGGCCAUUGCGCUCACACCGUCCCUGUCUGGAGUUUACAGCGUCAACAAUGCAGUAUACCAGGGCCGCCCCGUGUUUACCUCGGGCUACAGCCAGGUGCACGAUGCGCACACACUGCACUGCAGCCCGUUUGACCAGAACCGCAUAUUCACCGAGGGCUGCUGCACUCCGGGGCCGGGACCCCUCACCUCUCCGCCGGACAAACAUUACCGGAUGUACCCCUGGAUGAGAGCCUCAGACCCAAGUCGUAAGCGUGGGCGACAGACCUAUUCCCGGUACCAGACCCUGGAGCUGGAGAAGGAGUUCCACUUCAACCGCUACCUGACCCGCAGGCGGAGGAUCGAGAUAGCCCAUGCCCUCUGCCUCUCAGAGAGACAGAUCAAAAUCUGGUUUCAGAACCGCAGGAUGAAGUGGAAGAAGGACAACAAGGGCGGAGCGGUGCCAAACCCGGCGGAAAACGACAGCGACACCCAGGCUGUGUGCGAGGCCGGGGGGCCCGAAACCGACGAGACCAGGGCCCCCGCGGGGCCGGAGUCAGAAACGGCUGAAAAGUAAAGAAUGAGACAGAAAUUUAAAAAAAAUCAGAGCGUGAAUGAAAGAAACACAGUGUUGAAUAUGAGUUAGGAACAGAACAGAGGCACCAUUCAUUCACUGCAGCUUCACAAGCUCAUUAAUUGAAUGACAGCUUAGGGUCAUCGUGUAAUACAAUUGAACACUAAACUGUAUAAGAUCUGCAUUUCAUAUUUACACCGAAAAUGCUUUUAAAGAGACUCUGCAUGAAAGAGCGACGUUAAACUACCUAUUUAAACUCUAUUUUUCUAUGCGCAAUACGUGCGUAAAAUUAACAUGAUCAUGCUACUGAAUCAACAUUCCUUCAACUAAAAACUACCCAGUUUCUACCAGCUCGGAUCAAAAACACUGACGAAUUCAAGAUAUGUGGAAAUGUAUUGUAAAUUAAUCUAAGCUACCUACUCCAGUAUUUUUCCCCUCUCCACUCGCGGUUCUGAUUCUGAAGGGAACAAAUACAAUAUUGUGCGUAAAUGUGCCUUACUUGGUAAAUGGAAUGUUGUUGUUAAAUGCCUCUAACUGCAAUUUAGAUGUUUAGUAUUGCUGUAAUGUUAUUUUCAUGACCCCUUAAUUCAUUAGAAUAGCAAUAUAUACGUUGUCCUGGGCCGCCAUUAGCACGCAUGUGUUUAUAGUGUCGGAUGACCUUAGUUUAUGUAACCUACCUCACAUUCCCACAUGCUCAUCACAUUGUAAACAGGAACACACUCAUGUAAAUGUUUUAACAGUCUUAGCUGUGCACUGUGGAAAUGCUGGCAUCGGCCUUUUGCUCUUUUUCACGUUUUUCGAAUUUCACGCCCAACAUGUCAUACGUGUUUUGUGAAAAUACCAAUAGGAUCAAACGACUGCACACGCUUUUUUUAUUUUGACAGCGUCAUUUUUCAGUAUCAGGUUCUUUCUUUUGACAGUGUAAAACGAGGAGGCGACUCCGCACAGCACUGUGCCAAUACUGUGAUAUAUUUCGAGUCAGUGAAAUGGGGUUUGUUAUGUCGUGAAGUAAAAUGUGAACAAAUGAGAAAACCCUUUGAGAAUGUCUUAAAUUUGUAAAUGAAAAUAUGAUGAUGAAAUAAAAUAGAUUGUAUCUGCA